AUCAUUGAUUCACAGAUCACACAGACACAGACACAGACACAGACUCAUCCCAAAAUCUCAACCCAAUCACUUCACUUCACUCCACUCAUCUCCUUCAAUUCAAUUCCAAUUGAGUUGAGUUCAGAUCCACCACCAUUGAACUUCACUUCAACACCACCACCACACAAUGCCUUCAACUCACUCUCCCAUUUUCAUUCCCCAAAUUACCCUCAUCGCUUUCCUCUAUUUCCUAGUCCUAUCCCCACGACCCUCCCUCUCAUUCAACAUCACCGCCCUCCUCUCCACCUUCCCGGAAUUCUCCCAAUUCACCGCCCUCAUCGCCCCUCUCUCCGACGACCUCUCCCACCGCUCCUCCCUCUCCCUCCUCGCCGUCCCCAACUCCGUCCUCUCCUCCGACGACCGCCUCUCCCGCCACCAGCUCACCCCCUCCACCCUCCCCGACGUCCUCCGCUACCACGUCCUCCUACAAUAUCUCUCCUGGUCCGACCUCCGCUCCCUCCCCCCCUCCGGCAAGCUCAUCACCACCCUCUACCAAACCACCGGCCGCGCCACCGGUAACCUCGGCUCCGUCAAUCUCACCUGCGACCCCGUCACCGGCCUCGUCUCGAUCCACCCCCCCACCCCAUCCUCCUCCUCCUCCGCCGCCACAAACGCCACCGUUCUCUCCCUCGUGAAAACCCUCCCUUACAACGUCACCAUUUUCUCCGUCAAUGCCCUCCUCAUCCCCGGCGGCUUCGACCUCAUGGCCUCCGAGACCGGGCCCACUUCCUUCAUCAACAUCACCAAAGCCCUCAUCGACGGCCACAACUUCAACGUCGUCGCGUCCCUCCUCUCCGCCUCCGGCGUCGUGGAGGAGUUCGAGAGCGACGAGGGCGGCGCCGGGAUCACGUUGUUCGUCCCCGUCGACGACGCCUUCGCCGAUCUCCCUGCCUCCAUCUCCCUCCAGUCACUCCCGGCGGACAAGAAGGCCGUCGUGCUCCGAUUCCAUGUCCUCCAUUCGUAUUACCCUCUCGGGUCGCUGCAAUCCAUCACGAAUCCAUCGCAGCCCACGCUCGCCACCGAGGCCAUGGGUGCUGGAUUCUACACCCUCAACAUCUCCGCCUUCAACGGCUCCCUUGCAAUCAACUCCGGCAUCGUUCAGGCCUCCGUCACUCAAACAGUUUUCGAUGAGAAACCCGUUUCCAUUUUCGGCAUCUCCAGGGUCCUUCUACCCAAAGAGAUUUUCGGGAAGAAUCCGAUCGUGUCUUCCAGGACCGCGCCUCAGGACGGUGCUCCUCCACCCGAAGAGGACGCGCAUUCGCCGGAGACUUCACCGGGGUUGGAUGGCAGCCCUUCACACCUUUCUUCGCCGCCGGGGCUCCGGGAUGAUGUGCUCUCAGAAGGUGUUGUUCAUGGUUCGGAGUCAUUUGUUGUUGUUGUUGUUCUAUGCUGUAUAGGAUUGUAUUUAGUGGUAUAAGAUAAAUUCGUUUGAUUUCUUCUUCUUAAUUUUUUUUGUGGGGUUUUUGUUUUGAUUUUCUCCACCUUUCGGUACACUGUUAAUUGCAUUAUUAUUGGGUUGCAAAAUGCAAAUGCAGCCUUCUGUUUAUUGCUUAUUUAUCAUCUUCUUUACGAAUUUGUUCUGGAAUCUUCAAUUUUCAAUCCAAUUAUUGGUGUAAUUAGUGUAAUUAUGGAGUUCAAUGUUGAUUCUCUGUUUUUCUUUUCUUU